AUGUAUCAUCUCGAGAGCAGCGAAGCCCAAGCUAUUAUUUCUUACAAGCGACGUCGGUCAGGCGGCACACGGUCGCGCACGGGCUGUCGAACCUGCCGCGCACGUCGGGUCAAAUGCGACGAGACCCCUGGCCAUUGCUACAACUGCACCUCCACAGGAAGAAUAUGCGAGGGCUACGACCCCUCCCCUUUACCUCGCCCAAACAACGCUCAACGGCAGCGGGUACUAUCUUCCCAGCUGCCGUUGACGGUCACAACCAAGAUCCGCUGCAUCACCACAGCCGAUGAACGACGAUGUUUCGCAUUCUUCCAAAGACGCACGAUCCCGGAUAUUCUGGGGGCAUUUGAUUCCCCGUUGUGGCACCAGUUAGUGCUGCAGAUGGCCCAGCUGGACCCGGCGGUCUGUCACGCUACGAUGGCGCUGGCGGCUGCUCACCAGGAGUGUCAGAUCACCGGCAUGGGGCUGCGCCCGCAGAAACAGCAGAGUCCGUGGAACCUGUUCGCUUCCGAUCAGGCGGCGCGCGCGUUUGCCCUGCUCAGGCAACGGAACCCCCAGGACCCACUUUUGCCGCAGGUGGUACUGCUUUGCUGUAUCCUCUUUGUCAUGUUGGAUUUGGUCUGGAGGGAGUUCGACGCAGCCUUCCUGCACCUGCAGGGCGGCCUGCGCAUUCUGAAUGAGCUUCAUCGCCAGGGCAAGCCGGUGUUCCGAAACCGACAGGGAUCGCCCGUCGACUGGCACAUCGUCACUGCUUUACGACAUCUCGACAUACAUUCGACACAAUUCGGCUGCGAGGCACCGUUACUUGAGAUUCGGGAAGAGGCCCGAUUGGAUUCGACUGCUGCACAGUGGCGAACAAUCCGGAGCGUUGCGGAAGGACGCAGGGCACUUGAUCCCCUCACGACACUGACGCAUGAGUACAUGAGGCGGGCCUGGCCGUCUGAUAAAGAGCACGAUCCCGUUCUCUACGCCUCGUUGUACCGCGAGCAGUUGACACUCCUCUCGCUGGUGGAUCAAGCUCAGCGGGCCAUGCGGGACUUUCGUCUCCGACAUUACGCCUCCCUUGGACUCAGGGACCAGGUGGGGGCCGAUAUACUAAAGGUCAAUCUCCAUUGGCUCUGUUUGGGUCUGCGCACGAUCUUCGCGCUCCCUGGACCUGCAUACAUCGCGAGCAUUGCUUCUGAAUGUCAGCAAAUUCUCUCGACAUCCGAAGCGAUUAUCGCAAAACUUGGCCCCCAACGGCCGGCGAUCAUGUUCGACAACGGGAUUAUCUCACCCUUAUUCUUGGUAGCCGUCUUAUCGCCGGACUUCCGUGACCGUUGGCGAGCGAUCGUGGCUCUUCAUGCUUGGCCUCAUUGCGAGGGGCCGUAUAGCUCAGCGUUUCAUGCCCAUCUAGCCGAAAAGAUGCUGGAGGGCGAUCUGCGAGCUCGGAUCCGGGCCGAGCUGACCACCACUGCGAACUCUUUGUCGGACCAGCAGCUACUUGAAGACCAGCUGAGUGAACAGUUGACAAGGAUCACGGGACGUUCGACUCUCAAGAAUGAGGAGGAGGUAGAGCGGUAUCUGCAUGAUCUUACUCAACCCAUGGCCGGGUGGCCGUGCGCUCCUCUUUUGGUCCAGGCUGGAGUCCUUCCCGACAGAUCAGUUGUGCCCUGA